AUGGAUCAGAUCAAGAAGCGCAUGGAAGCUCUCCGCGUUGAGGCGGAUGAGAGCAGCGCCCGCGCCGAGGAGCUCAAGGCAACUGUCAAGCGCCUUGAAGCCGAGACAACACAGAAGGAGCAGGAGAUUACUUCGCUGACGCACAAGAACUCUGUGCUUGAGAGCGAGGUUGAGAAGCUUGAGGGGCAAGUCAAGAUCCACAAGGACGAAGCUGGUGCAGGUGCUCAGGCUGGCACCCAAGCCGAGAGCCUCCAGCGCAAGAUCCAAGUUCUCGAGGAAGAAGCUGAGGAAUCGGACAGGACGAUCCGCGAGCUCAACGAGAAGCUCCGCCAAACCGACGUCAAGUCCGGCCACUACGAACGCAAAGUCCAAGCCCUCGAGCAGUCCCGCGACCAGUGGGAAACCAAGUACGAGGAGAUGGCCAAGAAAUACGCCGACACCAAGAAGGAGCUCGACGACUUUGUCAAGGAGAUCGGUAACAUCUGA